AAUUACGAUAACUUUUACGAAUUGUCGUAAAAACACGAUUUGUUUUGUUUUAAAUCGCUCUUUCAUAAUGUAUGGCAGUAUCUCUUGUGACUUUUGGGGAGCUAAAAUAUUGUUAACGUCAAGUGGCUUAGCUUCGCCAAUUGUCAUGUCCAAUCCUCCUGUUAAAGGUAUCCUUGGGCUAAUACGUUAAGUGCAAGGUUUGAAUAUCCUCUCUUCAAAUCGAAAAAAAUACUCUACAAACCCACAUCAACCAUACACUCACUCCAAUGAAAUAGACCAGAUGGCUCUCAGUUCACCGUUCGGCCAAUCUACUACAUCAUUUCUUUCAUCGCCGUAUUCUUUUUAUGGUUAAAGGCUGUUCCAUGGGCCAAUCGCUCAAAGGAGAAGAGCCAAGCGCUCUGAAGCCCUUACCUUUCCCGUCCAAAAGCAGACGCUCUCGUUGGACGUGGAACAAGGCGCUGAAGAUCGCUGAACCUGGUCCGAACUCCGGAGGGUACUCGCUACGUAUGUGGAUCAGUUUACCAAAUGUGUCCGGAAUGAAACAAGUGUUUAUUGUUCCUAGAGUUGCCGACCCGUAAGUGUGUGUGAGUGUAUCGAGUACAUAUUUGCUUGGCGGGGCUAAUAUUUGAAUGUGGGAUGAGUGGAAUGGACAACAGUUGGAACAAGUCAUUACCGUUGCCGCUUCAAUCACUCCAAUGGAACAUUUGAAAUUCAAGGCUUGGAACCCAGUGCACAAUAUCUUUAGAUCGAAAUGAGUCAAAGAGGGUUACAUUCAGAAACGUCGAAAGGUGCCAGACCCCCAGGGGAUUACGAUGCGGAUGAUUUUCAAAUUGGCCCCUAUCCCUCAUAUAAGAUGGGUCCAAUGGAAAUCCUGCUGGUUUUCCUUCUCUUUCUAUUGUGGUUUUACGCCCUGAGAAGAAUCUACAAAGUGUGGACUAACAUUCUGAAUUUUUCUGAUAUCAGCUCGGAUUCUUUUGGACAAAGGCAUGGCUGGGACGCUUUUAUUCAAUGGGCCCUGGAACAUAUUCGUGGUAAGAAGCAAUCUGCAAAUCAAAGGCGCUCGUCGACCUUAUCUCCUGGGAGCUCCAGGGUCGGUCAAAGUCAAGGCCAACCAAAGGCUCAAGACCCAGAGGCCCAGGAGGCGACAGAUCAAGUCCAACUCGAGAGCCAUUGCGAGGCCUCUCAAAGAAUUGAUGGAACAAAGGACAGAGGAGAUAAUCUACCCUGUAAAUCCAACAAAAUCCGACACCAUUCAAUUGUGAUAGUGGACAACGAGCGAGGCAACCAGGAUCAAAGUGAGCUCGAUGUGCCUGAACAGCUUAUUCUUACAGAGCAAGCCCAAGACUGGUCGCCUCAGAGCCUUUAUCAAAGCCAAGUAUAACAUAUUAGCACCCUGCUUGGACCGAGCGGGUCCAUUAUGUGGUCACAAUCUGAUUUCUUUGUAAUCUGUGAGAAUAAACAACACUUCUAUGCGGGGGAAAAAAAUCACGCAGAGAUUCAGAAGGAGUCCCUUGGAUUAGGGCGACUCCUUUGUGAAUUACCCAAUCCCCUGUCCUUCCGUUGUGGCUUUCAUGUUCCACCAAA